UAGUGUACGUAUGGAUGUAGAGACAAUGAAUAUUUGCAUAAAAGUAAAAAGGCGAACAACAAUGACAAAACAAACACACAAACACAUAAAGGAAGAAAGUGAAUCCAUGGAAUCUCUUCGCUGUCAAUGUUGGAGACGUCUAGAUCAUAGGCCAUAUUGGUACUGGUUAACCAACGAUAAAAGAGUCUGCAUAAAGUUAGGGGGCCUCUGUGGCUGAGUGGUUAAGGUCGCUGACUUCGGAUCAUUUACGAUUCACUGAUGUGGGUUCGAAAUAUCCGUCUGAAAUAAUGCACGGGGCAUCUGAUAUCUGAUGUCUUCCUUCAAAGUCAAACGCUUAAACAUGAGCUAAAAUUGAGUCGGUGUGGCACUAAACAAGAAAAAAGAAAGACAGAGAAAAAGAGAAAAAGCCAAAGAGAUAGGUUUUUUUUUUUUGUUUUUUUUUUUUGGAAAGGGCAUGUGUGAUUAUUCUUUCAACUUUAGCUUUCGUUGCGAUGCAUGGCUCUCUGACUUUGUUUGAUGUGUUCUGUGCUUCCGGGAAAUCUGUCAUAACCUUUUUCUCAGUUAAUCUGAAAAUUCAAAAUUUCCCCCGUGAGUUUAAUACUCGCAAGAGGGCUUGGCAGUAUUACAUUUGCUACAUCAUAGGUUAUAUAACUACUCCAGCUUUAAAACCGAUAUUGAAAAUUACAGGUAUUGUUGCAUUGCCGCGGGCGAUGCGACAUAUCCGUGAUGUUAUGAAGCAAAACGUAACAGCUGAUCAACAGUGUGUAACAGAAAAACAUUGUAAAAAUACUUGACUAUUUAAUAAGGAAUAUGGCAUGUGAAAAAGAUGAUAUCAAGUUCGUGAGCAAGCUAGACGAGGAGAGUAAGAAGAAGGCGAAGAGGGAACUGAACGAGCUCAAUGACACAGAUAGAAUACUUGCUGUACAGUCGUUUAGACAGUGGAUAUUACAACAGAAAUGGCUUAAAACACCUACAGAUUUUGGCUUUCUGUUGCGAUUACUAAGAGCUAGAAAAUUCGGUCAGCUGGAAGCAAGAAAAACGCUGGAGAAUUACUGGACGUGCAAAACAAAAACACCAGAGUGGUAUAGAAAUGUGGACCCUUCUGAAAAAGUCAUACAGGAAAUCCUUAAAACUGGAUUCUAUGUUAUACCUAAGCAGUUAGACAAACACGGCAGAAGAGUGAUUAUUGAAAACCGUGGUAAGUGCAUUUUAUUACAUACAAUGUAUAAAAGCUUCUUACAAAGUACUGGUAUUACGACAAAAUAAAAAAAUAACACCAGAUGUAGCAUUCUGUCAGACAACGGCAUUUAUACCUGAUAACAGGCUUUCUUCUUUCUCCAAUAUUAAACUGUUUAAAAAAUAGAACUAUGUCUUUUUGUUUAAAAAAUAUCUAUUUGAUAUUUUAUUUUUUAAUUACGCGAGACUGGACAUGAAUGAAGUAAUGGAGUGGGGAGUGGACAAUAUAUAUCGGGCGAUCACGUUGGUAUCUGACUGGGUAAACAGGAAUGAGAACGUACAAGUAAAUAGUAUUGUAGUUUUUGUGGACAAUACACACAUCACUAUGAACCACGUGCUGACAUUGUUUGGUCAUGAUAAUGGAAACAAGACAAUGCACUUUUGGCAGAAUUCUAUGCCAGCAAGAGUGAAGGGUCUUCACUUGUACAAUGAGCCAAUAUUUUUCGAUGCAAUGUAUGCAGUAUUUUCACAUCUAAUGAAACAAAAGCUGAAAGAUCGGAUUAGCAGAACCUAUUAGUUUCUGUAGCGGUUUUAAAAUCUGCUAAGUCAGUUAAGUAAUAUGUAAAAGUCUUCACAGCAUGGGUUAAAAGAAUAGUUCGAGUGACGUAUAAAUGUAUUUGUCUUGCGACUCUGGCUGUGUUAGCUAUGCUCAAUGCUUCAGGGAGACUACUCUUACCGCUCAAUUUUGAAUAAUUGGGCUAUUAUUUUACGUGAAAUAACGUCAAAACCUGAAACUAAUUCAAGAUUAAUCGAUGUUGUUGGUUGUUUCUAGCUAAACAGUUGGAAGCUACGAUUUCCUCUCUAACUGUAUCUCAUCGCCUUCUGGAGGAUUCCGUGACCGGCAGAUAUAAAGGCCAACUUUGAUACUGGAUUUGAUGUUUUUCAGUUGUUGCUCUGCUAUCUUCAAGGGCAAUGAGUACACACACAUAUCUACUUCAAUAUGUGUUAUUUACAUAUUAUAUCUUUACUCGAACAUUUCAUUGGUUUGCACGCUGUGACUUUUGAAACCAUUGCUUGUAUUAGGUAUUUCACGUGUUAUAUAUUUACACUGUCCUGUGGGAUUGAGAGUGUGUGCUGUGUGCUCUAUUCUCCCUAGUAGUUGUUUAGAGGUAGUGUCCAAAGAUGUUUCUUACUUGCUUGUUAUGUCAUCUUUACCUUAUAAUCAUAGAAAGAAAUCGCACAAUAUUUGAAAUAAUGGAAAUGUGUUUAGGUCAGCAUAACAGUAGAUUUCUUUCUUUAAACAAGACAUUAUUACGCUGGCUGACGUUAAUGUAUUAUAUGAUUUGAUGAAGAGUGCAGUAACUGACUGCUGUUCACUUGAUGAUUCAGAGUUUUAGAGCCAAGUGCAUAACCUAUAAAGAGACUACCGCAGUUCGUUCUUUUGUUAUGCUUUAAAAUCAUUUGAGAUACUGUGUCUCUUCAUUUCAAAACUAUUCCAAGAAAAGGUGUUUUGGGGUAGAAAAAGACAUCUGUUUCUAUUGUCGGACAUAUCCUUUGCUAUGUUGAUAUGUGGCACUUAGCUCUUACUUUUAAUCUACAUAUACUGUAGUCAGCUGCAAUUUGAAAUACAAAUACAGGCUAGCACAUUUCUGUCAAUUUAGGCACUCAAAUGCUAUUGUUUCUGGAGAAAUGAGUUUCAUGAGUUGGAGGAGUUCAUGUAUUUUUGUGUCUACUAUUUGUUACUUUUGUGUUGCUAUUAUUAUAGCAAAUGUUUUUGUUAAUGAGUGUAUGUGUUCUGUGUACAUUUAUAUAUACUCCUUAUUUCCAUGUGGAGUACUGAAUGAGCGGCUCCGUUCUUUGAAAGAGAUUUUUUGCUGUCGUACUUUUGUCCUUGCUUUUGACAAUUAUAUUUAAUCAAUUGGAAAAUUUUAUGUGCAUUUUAUUUAUUCUAUUGCUCUGUUAUUUCAUAUAGAAUAUGGCAUCAUAUGUUAUACUUUAUAGAUGUUUUUACAUGGGAAUAGCUUAGCAAAGGUGUACGAUGAGAUAGGUAUGUCUGUGUUACCUGACGAGUACCUGCCGGACGAUUAUGACGGGCCACGUGUGGGAACACAUGAAAAGAUUGCUAAUGAAAUGCUAGAAGACAUGAUGAGCCCUGAAUUCCGGGAAUAUAUCAGAGAUCUUUCUAGUGAAAAAUAUGGAGUGGAUUUGAAAGAAAGAAAACAAGAUCAUACGCCUGAGGAGUCGUUCAGAAAACUCAAUGUAGAGUGAAAUCUUGAUGUUUUUCCAUCUGCAAAGGGUCUAAGUACAUGCGUACUUGGUUUAUUAUGUUUUCUAUAUAUAUAUUCUGAUAAUUUCUCUAUUUUAAAAACGCAUGAUUUUUGAUUCCAUCACGUGUAUUAGGGAUUCUGGUGCCACCUGACGGCAAAAACUCUUGUAACUUUAGAACAUGGUGGAGCCCCAGAUGGCGCACAUGACAAGAAUAACUCUUUUAACUUUAGAACUCAGAAUGAGGAUUUUUUGCAAAGCUAACAGACUUAACCAGUUGAGGUUUUACCGGUGAUUGCUCUAUUUCGGUGUCCCACUAUGUUCCUUUAUUUGUUAGUUUUGUUCUCAUUGUCUAUAGCUAUGUGUUACUCUAUGUAUUUUAUGCGCUUAUCAGUCAUGUAUUUAACCAAUGUGUAUCUGAAAACAUGCGGGUUAUUUUGUAUUUGCUGUAUAUGUAUUUUGUUAAAAUCUGUCAUUGCAUUAAACUGGAAAAAAGCUUUUAAGAAUUGUGUGGUUUUAGCGAUAAAAUUUCCAUAGAAAUUGUGCAAUGAGGGCCGGUAUGUUACUACUCGGAGACAAUAAAUAUUCUGAAGCUUAAACGUUUCUUGUUAUUUUCAGAGAGAAAGACUUUUGGUUUACUUUAAACACUUAUUCUUCGGUCUCGUGGUUCAAACACGGAUAAAGAACAAAUGACAGUCAGAGUUUUAAUUUAAGCGAAAGAGAUAACUAGCAUCAAUACGGAUUGUUUCUCGCUUCAAUUUAGCUACAAAAACAUUUUCCGACCAUUCAUCGUGCACCCGAUUGAUGUUGGAAAGUACUCUGUUACUGAAAGAAUAUGACUGAUAACUAGAAAAUUCUAGACACAAAGUUAACUUAAUGAAAUACCACCCCACCAUACCGACCUCUGUCUGUACAAUAGGAUGAAAACGCCUUUUCAACGCUUUUUUUUAAUAAAAAAAAAGGAUUCAUACACG